GGGUGCUCUUCGUCGAUCGUCCAGGCCGCCGCUUCUUCUUCGACUUGUCCGGCGCCACCCAUCUCGCCCCCCGUCUUUCGUGCUGGUCCGUCGCCGUCGCUGCGAUCUCUCCCAGCUCAUCCUCACCGCAAAUGUUUCCCAAACUCGCCUCCGUCUCGUCCGUCGUCCGAUGCUCGCUGCGUGUCGUUGCCCCAGCCCAAGCCCUCCGAGCUUUUACGUCUUCGGCAUCGGCCCUGGAAAGCCCCAAGACCGCUAACAAGCAAGAGCGACCGAGACGCACUCUGUUCUACAUCCCCGGCAGCGAGGAGCGCAAGCUCAAUAGCUCGCUCAAGCUGAAGGCCGACUGUCUCGUCUACGAUCUCGAGGAUGGCGUCGCUGUCAACCGCAAGGGUGCUGCUCGCCAGCAAGUGUUCAAUGCUUUUCAGACCUUUGACGUCGGACGCGCAGAGAAGGCUGUGCGCAUCAAUGCCGUUGGAUCUGGUCUGGAGAUUGACGAUUUGAACGUUGUGCUCCGAUCGAAAAACUUGCAAGCCCUGGUGAUCCCCAAGGUUCAGUCAGCUCGGGACGUCGAGUUCAUCUCGAGAAUGAUUGACAGCGUGGCUCCCGAGUCCAACCGCGCUUCCAUUCGACUGCUGCCCUGUGUCGAGAGCGCCCUCGGCGUCAUCAAUGUCAAGGAAAUCGCGACUGCCGAUCCUCGAAUCGAUGGCAUUAUCUUUGCCUCGGAAGAUUACUGCGCCGACACCGGCCUCCUGCGCACCCCCUCGCGCAAGGAGAUGCUCUAUGCUCGUCAAGCCGUCGUCACCGCCGCCUGUGCCUUUGGGCUGCAAUCGAUCGACAUUGUGUGCCAGGACUACAAGAGCGAAAACAUUCUCACUGAAGAAUGCCAGGAAGGGCGAGAGUUUGGAUUCACUGGCAAGCAGGCCAUCCAUCCUGCCCAGGUGGAGACCAUCCACAAGAUCUUUUCGCCCACGGAGAAAGAAAUCGAGCGAGCGACCAAAAUCAUGGAGGGAUACAACGAGCAUCUGCAAAAGGGAAUCGGCGCCUUUGUCCUGGACGGCAAGAUGAUCGACAUGCCUGUCGUCAAGUGGGCCCAGCGCUUGCUCGCUCGAGCCCAAGUUUGAGCUAUGAGUCACGCAGCGAUAGCCAUGCAUCGGCACGCAUUUGACUGCCAAAUACUGUCUGUGGUCCAGCUGGAUGUCGCUCCCCCCAUUGCUAUCCAAUCCUUGGCCGACGAACGAUGUAAUACAAAUGACCGCACAUGCCAUAGAAAUGAUGUGGCAAGGCGGGCUUGCCGCGAGGUCUCGAA